UGGCACCAGACUGAGAGUGGGAUCUCCUUGCCACCUCUGUUCACAGGAACUGCAUUCUGUAUCACAAGGGAAGGGCAAGAACAAGUGUUGCCUGGUUAUAUCACAAGUACCAAUGUCCUGCUGAACUGCUGUGGGAGCCCAGUGGCAAGAAGACCUAAUUUCACCUUGGGCAGGAUGGGAAGACUCCUGGGACACCAUCCAAGCUUCAUCCGGAAUGAUCAGGAGACAUUUGACAAUAAGUGGGAGGGAAGGGUCUUAUUCCAUGGAGUGGGCAGGUGUGCAGGCAGGAGGCUGAUGGAGUUCUUAGGCCGGUAAAGGGUGAGGUUUGACCCCUAAAAUGGAAAGGUUUUCCCCAGUUAUCUGCAUCUGCUGGGACUCUCCUUCCCUCUGUGGGUUUCAAAAUCCUGUGGGCAUGUUCUCAUGGGCACUGAGUAGGGAUCUGAGGAGCCCACUUCUUCCCUGUGAGGUAGAUUAAUGUGGUCCAAAUGCCUGUUGUGGGAAGAUGGUUGUGCUGGGUACCGUGGUCUGUCCUCUCCUCCUGGACAGAAGAGAGAUGCUGGCAACAGUCCAGCCAAGAAUCACUAGGGAAUCUUAGAGGUAAAGGAAGCCCAGCAAAAAGAAGCUGAAUGUUGUGGCUGGGGUGAGAGUCAUGGACAAACAGGUUGGAUGGCAGCCCUCCCAGGAGCUGGGCACAAGCACAGGGUGAGAGUAACCUCUCCACUGGGUGGGCGGGGCUUCUUCAGGUUUAAAAGGUAAUGUACUUGGUGUGACUGAUAGAAAGGAUGUUGAGACUGUCUCUCUGUAUCUCACUGUUCGCUGAACCCAGGGUAGGCAAGGCAUGAGUGGGGAAGCUGGAAGAAAACUCAAAGAGUCAUAGGAACUGUAGACACAUUUAUUCUCUCUUGACUGGCAUAGCAGCCAUAGCAGCAGACACACUAUAGUCUUUCCUCUCGUGGUUGACCCAGUGGACAUAGCAUAAGCUUAUGAAACAAAAGUGGGCUGUGGCCAAGCAGGUACAUUGUGAUGUGCAUGCACAGCUCUAUAAGUGAUCUCAACUGUUACAUAAUCAUGUAUUUACAAAAUAUGGGGCAAAAGGCUGUGUGGCAAGAGAGCCUGAUCACUGCCAUCUUGGCCUGUUUGCUCUUUCCCUACAGAGAUGAAAAGACCUUGUGAAAUCUGGACCCUGAAGCACCCUAGGAGGACAGCGUUCACUGCCCAGGGAAGAAGGGCAGGGUCCACUAGCCUGCUGGUCACAGACAAUAAGGGCCAGACCUGGGAGACUGACCAACUGCGGUUUCUCAGACCAGCCUUUGCCGGUUUGGGUUGGGCUGUUUGUGACACACUGAGUGCAGGCGGAGGUAACAGUGAUUGGUCAAGGGCUGCCUUGAUCUCAGAGGCUGCUGAGAUGCAGCCAUACAUCUUAGUUUUCCUGCCUGGAAUGAUGUAAGGAAGGUGAGGUCUGCCCUGGGCCAGGCUAGGUCUCCCUCCCCCAUCAUGUGACUUCUCAAGGGCUGAAACCAUCUUGUGUAUGAGAUUCAUUGCACUGAGAAGGACUUGGGUUUCUAAAGGCCAGUGGACUGAAAGUGCAGGGACCUGGUCCCAGGCCGCGCUAUACUAUGUGUUGACUUUCCAGUCUUCGGUUUAUUCACUAAAUUCGUUGGAUCCUGUUUCCACAUGUGUCAACCAGGAGGAUAAUUGUAAUGAUAUCUGUCUUUCAUAAAUCUAUAAAUUUGAAAUUUGUAAUAAGACCUAGACAAGUUGGGGGUGUUGAUAAAGAUUUAGCUUUCCAGCUACACAGGAUAGCUGGCUGACAUGUUGAACUGACCUUAGCUAUCUGGAUUUUGAAAAAGUCCCUGGUGUUCUGCCAGCAUGGAAUGUUGGAAUAUUUGUUGUCUGGCUGUCUCCCAGUGACCCUGGCCUGUAGUUGCAUUGCUGUUUCUCUAGGCUCCUCCUCUCUCCUCAGCCCUGGAGCAGACCCACACAGUCCUCACAGCACUUCCAAGAGUAGAGGAAAAAUAUGAGCCUUGCUUUCCUCAUCACCCCGAAAGUGACCAGAGAUGCUUCCUCUGCAGCCUCACAGGUUGGCAGGCAGCCUGUGAUGGGGCCCUGCUCAGAAGACCCCCACCUCUGCGGGGCCUCCAGGCUCCUAGGAUUCACCAGCUUCCUCCUCAGUGUCUGCUGCACUGGGAUCAAGAGUUCUGCAGCACCUGGUCCUGGAGUUCAGGAUUCUGGACUUGUUCCCCUGCAGGGGAUCCGAGGAGGUUCUGUGUUGUUUCAUGUGACCAAGAAUCGAGGAGCUGACCCAGAGGAGGUCUCAUGGGGCUUUGGCCCUGAGUUAAACUACAGCGUCAUGCUGCAAGUCCACCGUGGGGCAGACACCCCAACCUGGGUCAGCCUCCAGGACAAGUACCAGCACAGGGUCCAUGUGCCCAACAUCCUGUCCCUGAGGAUUGAUAACCUGAUCCCAGAGGACAGUGGGCAGUACCGGGCUCGAGCCAGCUUCACUAGAGGAAUCGAAUUAAACCAGGUGUUCCUCCUCACUGUCUAUGAAACUGUACCCCUUCCUAAGAUCCUUGUCAAGCCAGCAUCCUUCACACCAGGCUGGUGCAAUGCCACUUUGGAGUGCACAGCCCCAGGGGACACAAAGGACCUGAAGGUGACCUGGGAGAUCAAGGGCCUUCCCAGGGAGCUGGAGCAGACAGUGACAUCAGAACUACCCUCCAAGUCCUGGAACCUGACUCUGUACCUGCCCAUGAGCCAGCCUAGUGGCAACUUGACCUGUAUGGUCAGCAACCAGGUGGACCAGAAAACUACCACCUUAGACCUUGGAGAAGUCUGUGUCUCUGAUUCACCUGGAAACAAUGGUGCUAAGACCCUGUCAGGCAUCAUAGGGACUGUCGUGAUUAUCCUGUUGAUCUUCGUAAUUGGACUAUUCCUUUGGAAGAGCUGUGUGAAGAAGAGGAAGAUGAAGACUGGAAGAGGUGUAGAAGUUCAGGAGGAUCAGAGGGACAAUGAUGGUGGCCUCCACUAUGCAGAGCUGAGCCAGCAGGAGUCUGCCACACACAAGAAACUCUCUGACUUCAAUUCCUAGGGUGUUGAUAAACAACAUUUAGAAGAAAAGGAGUCUAGUACUGUCUACAGUGAGGUCUGCAAGCCAGAAAGGGAGGCCAUGAAGAUACUUUAAUUGGAGAAAGCAGAAGAAUUGCAACUACUAGGACACCUCCACUCGGCGCUUGAUUCCUGAAGACACCUGCGUCUCCCAGCUCUGGUCCAACUCCAGCUGCCCCAUGACCCUCCCACCCUUAAGUCCCUGUGUGCAUGUGGCCUUCUCACAACCUGUGUCGACUUCCCCAGCUGUCUUCUCACUCAAGAUCCUCACCCUGCAGGACGAGAGCUCUUCUUCCAUCACUGACCCAGCGCCUAGCCCCUCUUCUCCUGAAACUUCCCAAAGAGGACCUUCCUGCACAUGAUAAUCCCCACAGCCUCUGCUGUGUGGUUGAUAUGUAUCUUUCUGAGCACUCAAGCCCAGGCGUGGAGACCGUUGACCAGACUACAGAGGACAAGGUUAGGCUUUGGUGCUGGGUGCUGAGUUGGGCAUCUGUGGAGGCAGCAUGGGUAGGUGGGAGCUUAUAAAAGACUGGCCUGAGGUUUCCUUUGCCCCUUAUGUAGGGCAAAAGUUGUAUGUCGGGCAGUGUGUUUGUGUGUGUAUAUCUAUUUGUUGGUAUGUGUGCUGGGGGGAUAGCCAGUGCACAUUGUACAGUGGUCCAGCCCUUGUCCUGAUCACUAGUACUAACUAGCCUCAGCUUCAGCCCAUGGACCUCAAAUCCACCUCCUGUGGAGUGGGUAGAAUUUGUACUGUUUUUGGCCCUUCAAGCACCCAGGUUGGGAUUUGAGUCCUUAGAAAAGCAACUUCAGGGCAUUUCUGUCUAGGGUGGCGGUCAUUAGAAUGGAAGUGCGGUGUGCUACCCUACCCCCCAACACACACACACACUCUCUAAUGAAGCUGCUGUGAGAAGUGAAGCUUGUGGGAAGGUGUGAACCAGCCCUCUCCUGCCUCUUCUGCUGACCCUCAUCCCCCACAACCUGCUGGCCUCAGAUCCUAGUCAGCUUCCUGUUUGGUCACUCACAUACUUCUGCCUGAAAUGAUGGCUCCCUCCCUGCCCCUUACUCCUGUCCCUGCCUGUUGGAAUCCUAGCAUUCCACCCAAUCCUAGACCCCCUUCCAGGUCACAUGGUCUACAUGUACCCAAAGAUUUGGAAAUGGUCUCUCCCACAUCUAAGUUUUUUGGACACAAUUGACAUACCCAAUUUGGCUGCCAUAGUUUGACUUGGGUUGGUCAUCAGUUUUCCCUGCCUGCAUCACCUAGAGCUCCCUCAGGAGGGUGUCAUGGCUUUAGGAGGCCAGUGCCAAAGAGACAAGCAUCUCUCUUUGUGAAUUGUCUGAGCUAUUCUUCCUCUCAACUACCACAGGAACUCAGCAGAUUGAUCUCAGAGCACAGCAUCUACCGAAGGUGUUUCUGGUAGUAAGUCCACAAGGAAGCAAAGAUGGACAUGAUGAACCCCAACAAUCCUGCCUAAUCAGGAUUGCUUGAGGAUCUGAUGUCACCUUCACUGUAUUGUGUGGGAUCUUCUACUCUUCCUGGGGGUCUUCCUCUCCUCAAAGCCUCUGUCUCCUGCCUUCCGUUUCAGCUCUUGAGUUGGAGAUGAACUCACUCUGGUACUAUGAUCCUUUUGUCUGCUGGCUUGUAUUCUUGAAUCUCUUGGUUUCCCACCCAGCUUAGCAAUCUCAGCUUCUUCAUUUCUGACCUCAGAAAGAAAAGUUCUGAACUAAAAUCUUGAGGAAUAAGAAGCAAUGCUAGGAUCCUGCUGGAUGAGGAAGAAGCAGAGUUUCCUUAAUAAGGCCGUUUCUAGCUUGUUUAUUGUCAGGCUGAACAGCAGGCUGAGAGGGAAAAAGAUGACUUCUCUCACUGGAAUCCUAGGUGACUGGUCAUGGCUGGUAUCAGUGCCAUCAGUCCAGAAGCAGUGUGAGAUGUGACCAUCCAUUGACCCUCUCCCACCCACCUCGAUUCCCAAAGCAUAAGACAAAAAAGAAAAAAGAAGGGAACUCAACAUUCCAAGCCUAUAUUGAACCAGCUUUUGUCCCAUGAAUUUUAUAAAUAUUAUUUCUUCUUAAUAAGAACUCUCUUAUUUUUAAAUUUUUAUUUAUUUAUUAUUUUUUGGAGGCUAUUUACUUUACAAUAUUGUAUUGGUUUUGCCAUACAUUGACAUGACUCUUUUAGAGUAGAUAUUACUAUUUAUUCCUGGACUUCCCUAGUGGCUCAGAUGGUAAAGUGUCUGCCUACAAUGCGGGAGACCUGGGUUCAAUCUCUGUGUCAGGAAGAUCCCCUGGAGAAGGAAAUGGCAACCCACUCCCGUAUUCUUGCCUGGAAAAUCCCAUGGAUGGAGGAGCCUGGUAGGCUACAGUCCAUGGGGUUGCAAUUACUAUUCCUAUUUUGUAGGACAAGCAACUAAUAUCCCAAAAUAGUUGGUAGCAGAGCAAAUUGUUAAAUUCAAAGCUAGGUAACUCCAGCAUUCAUAUCUUUUCCUUUGCCACAUGGUCAAUGAAGUUCUUGGAAUCCUGGAGUAUUCAGAAAAGAGUAUCUUCCAUUUGUUCCUCUUCCAAGGUUCCUGGUUCUGACUCAAGUGCCUCAACUUGAACAAGUUCAUCCUGAUGAUGAAUGGAGCAGUUGGUGGGUAAAGGGGAAUUGUUCCUUAAGAGGACAAUGGAGUGGGAGAUGUGGUUGGGAGACAUGCAAUGACAGGCCCUGUGCUCUGGUUCAGAGGAGACAUUUGAAGCAGAGUUGCUUCUUCUUGGGUCUUAUGGGAGUUCCUUCCUCUUAUACAAGGUGUGUUGUGGAUUUCAGCAUCUCUGUUCUCAAGUCAGCUUCCCUUUCCAUUAUUAUUCAUAAUUUCAUUCAAGAACUGUGUGAUGCUGAAAUCUCCAAUGUACAAAUGAAAAAUUAAAAUCCAGAGAUACUAAGUAUUCUACAAAAGUUCUCAUGAGUGUAAGUUAUAUAGGCAUGAUCACUUAUAGGCACGAUCAGUUAUAUAGGUGAUAAUAAUUUCACUCAUUUUGAUUCCUUUCUCUGUCAUUCUGGACACCCAAUCAGUUACCAACUUCCACUGUGCUAUCCUUCAUAAAUCUUCCUGUACUCCAUUCUCCACUUCUUUCAUCCCCAUCUUCCACCACCAUUUUUGCAGUUCCACUAGCAGUGUGUGAGAAUUUUUCUGCUUUAUGACCAACUCUUGUUAUUUUUAGAUUGUAUCCAUCCCAGUGCUGAUGAAGUGGUAUCUCAUUGUGGUUCUGAAUUACAUUUCUCAAAUGAUUCAUGCUGAACAUGUUUUCAUGAGCAUAUUGACCUUAUUUGAAGAAAUUUCUUUCUCUCUUGAAUUCUUUCUUUUUUUUUAAUUUAAUUUAAUUUUUAAAUUUUACAUAAUUGUAUUAGUUCUUUCUUGUUAUGCAAUCACCCUAUGUCUCCACUGAGUCUGCUUUUUUUCCAGUCACCAGGGAACUCCACAUUGUUAAAUUUAGUGGUCAAUUCUCAAUCCUCAUUUCUCAUAAGUUCUCAGCCACAGUGGAUAUAUAUUUCCUGGAAAUAUUGUUUUCACUUUGCUAUUUUCUACCUACUGGGUGGUUGCUCUGUAGUUUUCUUUAUCAGUAUCUUUCCAACCUCUAAAUUUUGGAAUAACCAAGGUUCAUACCCAGACCACCUCACUUCACUGUCUACACUCAUUUCUGUUUGAUGCUCUGGCCAUACAGUAAUCUUGUGACUAUAGGACCUUAUCUGGUAAAAGGGACUUAGAGGUGUGAUCUGUCCCCUGAACUCCACAGUGUGAAUAUCCAACUGUUUACUUGACAUUUCCGCUUGCGUGUAUAACAGGCAUCUCCAUCUUGACAUGUUUAAACUCAGACUCCCCAAACAUGCUUCCUACAGUUUCCUAUCCCUCCAAAUGUCACCUCAGUCCUUCCCUUUGUUCUGGCCAUAAAACUUGGGUGUCAUCCUUGACUUCCUUCUUUUUUCUUCAUUUUCAUUUCUUUUUCACUCUCUAUUAGAAAAUACUGAUAGCUCAACAUUCUAUAUAUAGUUGAAUACUUAUUUUUGUAUAUCUAUAUGAAAAAAUAUGUUUAUAACAAAAUGCCUCUUAUCACCUCCCUAGUCCAAUUUCGUCAUCAUUUCUCACUUGGAUUAUUAUAGUGGCCUCAGAGUCUCCCACUUUUAUCCUUAAUCCUUUAAUGUCUAUUUUCAUAAUAUCCAGAUGAAUCUUUUCAAAACCUAAGUUGCAUCACAUUCCUUGUUGCUCAAAACUUCCACUUUAUCUGGAAGAUUUUGUACCAGCUGGCCUCCUCUCCCACACACCCCUCCUUCCUUAAUCCACUAAAGGACACUGGGCUUCCUGCCAGUCCUUCAAUACUCCAUGCAUGCUCCUUCCUCUCUAGAAUUCUCUCCUUCUAGGUACCGAUGUCUCAUUCCCUGACCUCCUUCAAGUCUUUUUAUAGAUGCAAACUUCUCAGUAAGACCUACAAUGACCUCCCUAUAUAAAACUGCGAACUCUUUCUGGUGACCUCCUCCCUUCUCCAUGUGCUAUUUUUCUCCAUAGCUAGUGUAACAGGGUACAGUUAGUUAUUCUGGGCUGUAGAUAGUACGUAUUGAGGCCUCAAAAUAUAAACUGCCAUCCUGUAAUGCAAAUACCAUUAUUAUUCCCAGGAAAUGGCUACACUGGUAAGUCAAUGAAUUUACUCAUGUCACAUAACUAAUAGAUGGCAGAGCUGGAAUUGGAAUCUUGGAGUUGGAUUCUGAAGCUCUUGACCACUAAAUACUGGUGAAAUAAAGUAUAUUUUCGCCAUAUGAUGGAAUACUAUUUGUGUACUAAGAAGAGUUAAUUAUAUCCUUAUAUAUUUGAAUGGAAAGUUUCCCAUGAAAUAGUCAAUUAGUUAUGGAAAAUGCAUGGUAUUAGCCUACAUUAUAAAUAUAUAAAAAUAUGUUUAUGUGGGGAUGAAGUGUUCCAACAGUUAGUAUGUCAAGAAUUUAACAGUAGCUAACUUCUGUGGUCUGUCUCCUUUUCUAUAUCAUUAGUUUCUUUACAACACUAACUAAAAAAAUUAUCUAUUAAAAUUUUUGAACAGUGAAGUGACAUGAUAAGAAACGCUUCAGAUAGAUAAAGCCACAUAUAUGCCAAUAAGAACUUUAUCAUCUAAACCAGCUAACAAACUUAUGCUUAUUUCCACUUCUAUUUUAUUGAUUUAUGGCUUCAGGAUCUUUACUGAAAUAACCCCUAACAGGUCUAUAUCAGUCUAUAUAGUUCAGGCAAAGCAAAAAUUUUGGUCUGAUUUUUUUAUCCAAAUGGACACUCCCCAUGUAUUGCUCACAAUCCAGGAUGUUCAUUAAAUCAACUAGAGAACUUUAAUGAACAGAUGCUUGGACUGUAUCCUGAAACUGGGCACCACUUAUAUUUUAUUUUUUUACUUUUUCCCCCAUCCUGAACCUCCCCUUCUUCCUCCCUCCCCAACACUCUCCCAUCUCCCUCCCCAUCCCAUCCCUCUGGGUCAUCCCAGUACACUUAUAUUUUGAAAUACUCAUUAGAUGUUUGAUCAGGCUUGAGAACUGAAACCUUGGGCCUACAUGAAGUAUUCAUGAAAUUCAAAUGGGAAUGUGCAUGGCAAAGAAAGUCUGUGAAUGUGUUUUCCAAGUUGUUUCUCAAAUGUGUCUUUUGUUUCUAAUAGAUUGAGCUAAGGAAUGAAUGAAUGACAAAACCCUACAGUUUGUCAUUACAGUUGACUCUUGAGCAACAUAGGGGGCUCCCACUCCCUGAACAGUCAAAAAUUCACCAUAGAACUUUAUAGUCACCCCUCUGUAUUCACAGUUCCACAUACACUGGUUCAAGCAACCACAGAUCAUGUGUACUGUUGUACACAUUUAUUGAAGAAAAUCACCAUGUACCUAUGGACCUAGCAGUUCAAACCCAUACGAUUCAAAGAUCAGCUGUACUUCAAUGUGUUCACCAAGGUUCAGAGUCUGACAUGUAGGUCCUGAGCCAAAACCCAGAAUCUCCAUUUCACCCUUUUGUCUUGUGGGUGCAAACUCUUGAUAAUAGAUGUGAAAUGACACUGGUUAAACAAAACAAGAAAGUUUAUUUAUUAAUUUACAGUGGGAAGUAUACUUGAUAACUCAGAUGGGUAUUCCUGUUAGCCUGACCAAGUCAUCCUCUUCCCAAAGAUAGGCCACACUGGAAACCGAGGUACCACUGGACUACUUGGGGAGCACUGAGUUGGGGCAGGUGAGCAGAUGCUGCUGGUGUGGAUUCCAAAGGCCUUCUCAUCUGAGCUCUUCAUCUUCAUGGUAGGACCUAAGCACCCAGGACAUGGAAUUCUCCUGCCAGCCUGAUGGAACAUUUUGUUUGCUUCUGUCAUCCAUCUCUCUUUAUGCCCCAUUUCUUAUUAACCAUCCUUCUGAUUGACAUUUUUUGGUUAUGGGCAUAUGUAAGAAUAAGACUUUCCUUGAUAUCAAUGGGAAUUGCUAUAUCUGUCCUGUGAUCCAGAUAUAUAGUGUUUUAUUUAAUCUCUAAAAGUAAAAUAUAAUCCCUCUAAAAUACCCAUCCUAUUUCUCUCAUUUCCAAAUUGUAGUUGAGGAUGUGGAGGGUGAAGAUACUCCCUCAAUACACCAUUUGUCACUAGCUGAGCCACCAAAUUGCUUUUGCUUUUUACCCAGAAAGAAAAGCUACAAACUGGUUAGUGGGAUCCCAUGGCUCUCAAGGCUAGAAGCGUCACCUAAUUUAUCACUUACCCUUUCAGCAAGAUCUCACAUUUAAAACAGCAAAGCAACAAUAAUAACUAGAGAAACUCUUAAGAGAAUGUAGUUUUUAAUUAAUGUCUAUUUAAUUUUAAAUCUUCAUUAAAUGGAUAAUUUCUAGAAAAAUAUGAAUUGAUAAAAUUAA